AUGCAUCAUUGGGACACUGUACAUGAUAGUGCCGUUGCACCGAGUCCAAUAGUCCCGACCUGCCGGCCUGAUCCACUCCCAUCCAAGUCCAAACGCAGGCAAUCCAGUAUGCCUUCUUCCGUCUCUGGAUCUGCAGUAUCCACCCCUCCUCGAGGGGGAAUGAUUCCAAGGCCACAGGUGUCUCCUCCACGACCACAGGCUCGCUCAGCGGGUAUGGCUGAGAGACCCUCCCGAAAUGAAAAUCUGUCAGAUCUUGUGCGCUUCUUUCAGACCACUCAAAAUACCCCUACAUCGGGUCCUUCAUCUGUGCAGACACCUACUUCGCCGGAUAGUACUACCGCCUUGCCUAUGGUCACUGAAUCCAUAGAGCCAAAGGGAAAGGAGUUAGAAAUAGCAAAGGAAGUGAAACCAUUACAUCGCCGUCUGCUGCAAUUCACGCAGCGCCAGAAAAAGGAAUCAUCGCCCAAAUCCAAGCUCGACGACAAUCAACGCCAGAUCGCGGCACUCCAAAGGGAGGGGUACCUCCUUCCACCCCCAAAACCGAGAAGCAAUCACAGCAAUCACUCGGCCAAAACCAGCAUCAGUUCGAAGAAUAGCCUGGAGCGGACAUUCUCCAAGUCCAAGAAACAGGAUGUCGAAACUAUCGGACAGCCAUGGCUGGACAAUGAUACCAAAAAGGGACCUUCCGAUUUCAAACGUCGACUGGCCUCCCUAGAUCUCAGCGAUUUCGGCUCGAUGGUCGAUGUAGCCGUGUCCUUGUCACAACAGUUAGAUGAAGCAUCGCCUCCACCGUACCAGUCGCUAGCUUCGAGUGGUGCCGCAUCUCGGAGUGGACAAACUAGUGCAUCUCAGUCGUCUCCGACACUCCCACUUUCAAGCUCUGCUCAUUCUCGCUCAACCAGCGAUAGACCGAUGUCUCCACCCACGUCUAUCGCGGGGACCUUGGGAAGUGUCUCUCAAGAUGAAGCUGGUCGGCAAUAUCCCAGUGCGAGCACUUCAAACAUGCGCAUUGUGGACCCUGAUACCGAACCUACGACUCAAGGUCUCAACAUCAAGCCCGUCAGUGAGGAUACACCGGCAUCGUCGCGUCCAUCUGUUUCAAGCGACUUGAAGCUUGAUCAAUCUGCCGAGACCGCUGAGCAGUCUACCCAGACUUCGAACAAAUCCGCUUCAAGCUCGUCCGGAAGUCCUUCUUCACAGCCCUCGUUGAAGCUCUUCCCUGACGUUGCACCGCCACGCAUGUCUAGCAAAAACGCAUGGAGGAUUUCUUCAGUGCCUCAAUAUCAACGGCCUUCUAACCCGCCUUCGUCGGCAGCCACUGAGUCUCCGCCUGGGUCUUCGGAAGUCAAGCCAGGGAAGUCGACUCUAUCUGAUGCUUUGGCAAGGGCUUCAAAAGACGAAGGGAUGCGACGCUGCUCUGGAAUUACUACAACGUCUACGGCUUCCACAGAGUCGGCCACGAAUGAAGUUAGUUAUUCCCAGGCUAGCGCACCGCCCAAGGCCAAGGCUCGACCACCCUCGUUGGCCAUGGGCACUCUGAAGGCUUUCCCCCUUCCAGCACCCACGAGACCUUUACCAUCGAUCCCAAUGCCUGGACGGGUACCACCGGCUGUUCCGGAUGCCAAAGCUCCUUCCACUGUUCGCACAGUUUCGUCUACGCUCAAAGCUCCUGAGGUUCCGCCGUCACAUCCCUCGCCCAUUGCAGAAGAUCCGUGUGAGCUGGGACCUGACGAGACACAGCCCAGUGAACCAUCUACAGAUACCCGUUCUGCAACCGUACUUGGAUACGCAGGUGAGGCAGAGUCCGCAGCCGCCCAUGAUGAUGUCAAAUCGAUUUGCACUUCCGAGCGGCCAAAGUCAGUAUCCCCAGAGCAGAGCACGCCUCGACGACGUGCUUCUAGCAUUCGUAUUCCACGCAUGCAAGAUUUGCCUGAAAGCCCGGACCAUGAGGAACAUGAGGGUCUACCAAUAGCCGACUCUCCGCUUCUAGGACAAAUAAACCUGACAAAGGUUCAUGAAAAGCGUGCUCCUCUUCAACCACUUCGGAUUGACCCUCGCGUGGAUCGCAAUAAUCUCCCCUUCGGUUUGCCUUCGCCGCCGCCCACCGCGGCCCUACCCUCUGAACCUCCGACACAACCCCUUCCUGAGCGUCCUCAUGGCGGUCGGAAUUACUCUGCCCCCAUCCCAGCGGCUCUGCAGACUUCCAAGGGCAUGGACAUGCAUUUCACCACGGGUCACCACAGGGCCUCUAUGAUCUCCCGCAGUGACAGCUCUCGCAGCAGCCUGCGCCAUGAGAGCAUUCCCGAGUCCUCCGAGCCAAGCCGCUGCGAGACUCCACUUCCAUCCUCGGACGAUGAGGGCUUCGGUCCGGGUACAGAUAUCGCGCGCUCUCAUCGCAAGUCUGAGAAACAUCCCAGGCGUGUUCAUCCCCUUCAUCAGGGCUAUGCCACCAGGGAUGCACACCCCAGCCAUGGCCGCCUACGCUACCCUCAUCCUGUCCGAGCUCAAACACCUCAAGACCGCUCCAGCCGUACUCUAGAGAAGAGUGCCAUGUCUCCCCAGUCAACCUACUCUCAAUCUACACAUCGCUCGCGUGAAUCGCACAGCACCCACCGCACUCAACCAAACGCCAACCAGAUGGCUCACUACCUUGAGGACCGGGUCGCCAACCUUGAACGCCAGAACCAAAUCCUUCAGGCAGCUCUGAUGGCCGCCCUCAAUGCUGGCGUCAAGAAUCCCUUUGAAGGCCUAGGUGAUUCUGCUCUUCCCCCCGGCUUUGCUCAUCUGGGACAUGCGAAUCAGUAUCAGAGCCGAUUCACGCCACGUCCGGAGAGUUGGGUUAGUUCAUCACAUAGCAGUGAGAACAGUGGCUUCGAGACACCCGGUUCGUAUCGUGAGGGGCGGCCUCAUGUACGACAAUUGGAUAACAUGAUGGAGGAUAUUGAGAGUGGUGGAUGGAUGUCGGAUAAGUCGAGUAUGAGUGGUGCCCGGAUGGCGAGAAAUCGCUGA